AUAUAUGGAGUGAGCACUCAUUUCAGACCGACCCAGACUUGCCUCCCGGGUGGAAGCGAAUCAAUGACAUCGCUGGGACCUAUUACUGGCACAUCCCAACAGGGACGACACAGUGGGAGCGGCCCGUCUCCAUCCCAGUCGAUCUUCCGGGCUCUAGAAAAGGGUCGCUUAGUUCUGUAACGCCGUCGCCCACCCCAGAGAACGAGAAACAGCCAUGGAGUGAUUUUGCUGUUCUGAAUGGGGGAAAGAUUAAUAGUGACAUUUGGAAGGAUUUGCACGCAGCCACAGUGAACCCGGAUCCCAGUUUAAAAGAGUUUGAAGGGGCCACACUUCGCUAUGCGUCUCUGAAACUCAGAAAUGCCCCACAUGCUGACGAUGAUGAUUCGUGUAGUAUCAACAGUGACCCAGAAGCCAAGUGCUUUGCAGUGCGCUCACUGGGUUGGGUGGAGAUGGCCGAGGAGGACCUGGCCCCUGGAAAGAGCAGCGUCGCUGUCAACAACUGCAUCCGGCAGCUGUCCUACUGCAAGAACGACAUCCGGGACACCGUGGGCAUCUGGGGAGAGGGGAAAGACAUGUACCUGGUCCUGGAGAACGACACGCUCAGCCUGCUGGACCCCAUGGACCGCAGUGUGCUGCACUCCCAGCCCAUCGCCAGCAUCCGCGUGUGGGGCGUGGGCCGCGACAAUGGCCGGGAUUUUGCUUACGUAGCGAGAGACAAAGAUACAAGAAUUUUAAAAUGUCAUGUAUUUCGAUGUGACACGCCAGCAAAAGCCAUUGCCACAAGUCUCCACGAAAUCUGUUCCAAGAUUAUGGCGGAACGGAAGAAUGCCAAAGCCCUGGCCUGUAGCUCCUUACAGGACAGAGCCAACGUGAACCUCGACGUUCCUCUUCAAGUAGACUUUCCAACACCAAAGACGGAGCUGGUCCAGAGGUUCCACGUGCAGUACUUGGGCAUGUUGCCUGUGGACAGGCCUGUCGGAAUGGACACCCUGAACAGUGCCAUAGAGAGUCUGAUGGCCUCAUCCAGCCAGAAGGAUUGGCCGUCGGUGAACAUGAAUGUGGCUGACGCCACUGUGACCGUCAUCAGUGAGAAGGACGAGGAGGAAGUCUUAGUGGAGUGCCGCGUGCGGUUCCUGUCCUUCAUGGGCGUCGGGAAGGACGCCCACACAUUUGCCUUCAUCAUGGACACGGGGAGCCAGCGCUUUGAGUGCCACGUGUUCUGGUGCGAGCCCAACGCCGGGAACGUGUCGGAGGCCGUCCAGGCCGCCUGCAUGCUGCGAUAUCAGAAGUGCUUGGUGGCCAGGCCGCCUUCCCAGAAGGCCCGACCGCCUCCACCGUCCGCGGACUCGGUGACCAGGAGGGUCACAACCAAUGUGAAACGGGGGGUCUUCUCCCUCAUUGACACUUUGAAACAGAAGCGCCCCGUCACGGAAACGCCCUAGCUGCGUGUGUCGCCGGACUGUGUGCCGUGUACCUGAAGAUGGAGUCGCCCCGCCGACCGUGACGAGCUGGCCCAACCCUCCACCCCGCCGCCACCGCUUCAUCUGCAGAGACCUGACCUUCGCCGCACCGUGCUAGACACGCAUGCUCUCCCAUCUGCCGCCGCCGUGUGCUACAAAAGAAGCAUGAAUCGUUGUUGUUGCUGUAA